AUGGAGGUCGUGGAUGAUUCCAUGGAUAUGUCUCCGAUGAGCAGUACACCACAAAUGCACAUGAAUAUGAAGCCGAUGUGGAUGUGGUUUCACACCACUGUUAAUGAUGUCAUUCUGUUCGAAUCGUGGACAGUAACAACACCAAGAGGUAGGCUUACCGUCUUGUUACUUUUACCUACUCUAAUCCCAAAUAAGCCAGACCUUCUCAGGUAA